AUGGCGGCGAGACGCGCUCACGGGAAGACUAUGAGGGCCAUGAUGGCAGAAUUUUCAGACACCAUGCAAGCAAGCAUGAAAACGCAAAUACAAAUCAGAACAACAGAACUAAGGAAAGACAUCCCGGACAUUGGGAACCGCACCUCACAUCUGGAAACCAAAGUGGAUGAGUUUGCGGUCUAG